AUGAAUAUGACUACUGAUUAUAGAGAUCCAUUACUUGAUUUGUUUGGAACAGAGUCCAACUCUGGCAACGAGACAUCAUCACCUAGUGACAUACCAAUUAUUAACAGAAGUAGUGGAUUUAAUCAACCACCACUUAGUCCCUUGUUAACUCAACAACAGUUAUACAAUACACCCAACUCUGGAUCAACUCCGAAUAUAUUUGAUUUAAACCAUACUCAAAUCCAGGAGGAACAACCAUCCCCAUCUUUGAACGAGCCCCAAUCAGAAUAUCCGCCCCAAAAAAAGAGAAAUACUAGAAGCCAAACAAAGUUACAACAACAACAACUGAAAGGAAGUGACUAUAACACGAAUGAUUACAACAAUCUGAUAGAUUUAGACAAACCACCAGUUGUUGAACCAAGUCCCCCGCUUUUUGUUGAAACUGACACUACCCCUGAAUUUGUGGUACCAACACCCACUGUCGAACAACAACAUCAUGAGUUAAUUUCACAAGACUAUCAACGUUCCAAUAAUUCAAAUCAAUUUGGAAACUUGACCAAUUAUCAGCCAAACCUUCCUCCUUUACGUCCUUUAUCAGAAAGUAUACUUCCACAGCCAACAAGCUUUCAUCCAUUGGUGUUACCGCAUGACCCGAGACAUGCUAUUACUGCUGGUCCAGCUAAUACCAGUCCACAACAAGACCCACUGUUACCAUCAGAUGGAGGUUCUUCCAAAAUACAACAACUUAAUGCAUCAUCAUUGUCAAAUAAUCAACCAACAUCUCAACGUAAAAAGAAAGAAAGCACUGGUCCCAAGACACGUCCAGCAUUUGUUAUGAAAAUCUGGUCGAUGGUCAACGAUCCUGCCAAUCAUGAAUAUAUUAGAUGGAAUGAUGAUGGUAAAACUUUCCAAGUGUUCCAUCGUGAAGAUUUUAUGAAGAUUAUAUUACCAAAAUAUUUUAAACAUAAUAAUUUUGCUAGUUUUGUUCGACAAUUAAAUAUGUACGGAUGGCAUAAAGUGCAGGAUGUUACUAAUGGUACGUUGAAUCAAAGUUCUGACAAAAAUGGUCUUGACGAGAUAUGGCAAUUUGAGAAUCCAAAUUUCAUUAGAGAUCGAGAAGAUUUGUUGGAUAAGAUUGUGAGAAACAAAAGCAGUUCCAAUCAGGAUGAUGUUUCCGGUGUUUCAUUCAAUGGGAUAAAUAAUAGUGCCAAUUUGUCAUUGAUAUUACAAGAGUUGGAAACAAUCAAGAUGAAUCAAUAUAUGAUAUCGGAAGAUUUGAGAAGAGUGCGACAAGACAAUAAGAUGUUAUGGCAAGAGAAUUACCUAAAUCGAGAAAGAAAUCAAGUACAAGGUCGCACAUUGGAUAAAAUAUUGAAGUUUUUAUCUGUUGUUUAUGGUAAUAAUGCUAAUAAAAUAUUAAAUGGACAUGGAUUUGCUGACAUUAAUGAUAGCAACAAUAUCAUGACUCAGUAUAGACCAUCACCAAUGGGAUCCCCAAUGUUACUGAGACCUCAAACACAACCACCACCGUCAAAUUCAAGAUUUACCAGAGAUAACAAUCAAACAGCACAACCUACUUAUGAAUCACCAUUAUCAACUAGUGAUACCAAUAAUACCAACAAUAACAACUUUGAAUUUCAACAAGCACCAAAUCGUCCUCGUCUCAUGUUGACUAACCGAGCAUAUUCCAGACGUCCAAGUAUGUCCAGAACCAAAUCUACACCGGAAGGAUCUAUAGAGGAGAUAAUACGUUCAUAUUCCAACGAUAAAGCUGCUGAGUCCAAUGUUAAUCGAAUGUAUGAGCAAUUAGUUGGCCAACAACAACCAGGUGCAUCCACCUCAAAUAACAAUAACCAUUCCACCCUGACAGCAAUAUCAGCACCCUCACCUCGUCAUAGUUUCUUGCAAGAAUUGAAUUUACCAAGCACACCUAGAAAUCUUGAUGAUUUAGAGAAGCAUAUUAACAACGAAGGACAAUCUAUUCAGCAGGUGCAAGAUUGGAUUGAUAAGUUAGCGCAAGAACAACAUGAGCAACAACAACAACAACAACAACAAGAAAAUGACAAUGAAGAUGCAGAUGCUGGUGACGAUGAUUUUGAUGUUAAUGAGUUUUUGAAAGAUGCUACUACCACUCCCAAUACUAAUUUCCCCAAUGGUGGUCAUUAUAUUAAUGGGAAUCUGAGUUCAGUUAAUUCGCCCAUUGUGAUGACCCCAGGCUCAAAUAUCAGUUCUAACAUCAAUGAUCUCAAUGGUAAUAUGAAAAGACUGAAGAAAAGAUCAAUUGAAGAAGUUAAUGAUCAUUAA